AUGCAAUUAUACAUUUCUUUACUGGUCGUGAAUCUCAUCGCUUUUUCGAAUCAGAAAAAUAUCAAAAAUGAGAAAUGUAGAACUUGUAAUUUUCUAAUCGCAACAUUUGAAGAGGUAAAUGUUUAAAAAUUAAAAUUAUUUUUCAAUAAAAAUUUUCCAGGGUCUCAAAAACACAGCUCGUAAUCAUUUUGCUGGCGGAGAUACUGCUUGGGAGGAGAAAAAUCUAGGAAAAUAUAAAACUAGUGAAACACGACUUAUUGAAGUGUUGGAAGGAGUUUGUAAAAAAUCGACGAUUUCUAAUAUAGAUAAAUUUCAUGGAAUAAGCGAUUUGGAGUUCAAAUGUGCAUCUUUGGUAGAAAAUUAUGAGGAACAAGUUGAAGAGUUUUAUUAUAAUCAUCAGAGUAAGAAUGCAUCGAUUUGGUUUUGUGUUGAGCAGCUGAAUUGUGAGUUUUUUUUGGGAUAAUUUUUAAAAAAAAUUGGAAAAUCUCAGUUUCUGUUUGAAUUUUGCAUCGGCAGUUUUUUUUAAAGUUUAUUUUUCUGGGUAAAUUUUUGGUGGUCCAAAGAAAAGCAAAUUUACUUUCUGAAUUUUUAUCUCCGAAUUGUUUUUCAAUUUUCAUUUUACCACAAAAUUGUUUCUUGGCAUCUUCAACAAUUAUUUUUGCAGUAUGUUGCCCUCACGGACAUUUCGGAAAAACUUGUGAAAAAUGUCCUGGCCUCGCUGAAGGUGCAGAUGCUUGCUUCGGAAAUGGAGCUUGUCACGGCGAUGGAAGUCGAGAAGGCAACGGAAAAUGCAAAUGUGAAGAUGGCUACUCAGGAAAUCUUUGUCGCCAUUGUGAAACUGAUUAUUAUGAGGAAAAGAAGAGGGAAACAUCGAUAAAUUGCAAAAGUGAGCCGAUUGAUUUUGAAUUGCAAAAAAAAAUAAUAGUAUGUUUUAGAAUGUCACGAAAGCUGUCAAGGCGGAUGCAAAGAUGAAACCCCUAAAUCAUGUAGCAAAUGUAAAAAUGGAUGGAUUUUGGAUGAGAAUCAAGAAUGUGUUGGUGAGUAAAUUGAUAUUUUUGUGGGCCAAGUUGGGAGUUUGGAAAAAUUUGAAUUUGGAUCAUCAAAAUAAUUUCUGAAGCCUGUCAAUUUCAAAUAAAAUUAAUUAGGAAUUGCUCAAGUAGCUUAGGAACAGUAUGAAAAUAUUUGUCUGAAAAUCACUAUUCUGGAAUUCGAAAACUUCUUAUUUCCCCUAAAUCUUUUACUGAUUUUUAUCAGAGUUUAGUUUCACAUCAAAUCAGAAGCUGAAAAUGUAGACCUAGACGAUUUUUUUCCCAGAAAAAAUGAUAAAGUUUUGUCAUUUUUUUUUCGAAAAACUAGUUUUUGAAUUUGAUUUUUUUAGAUUUCCCCAAAAAUAAUCAUCAAUCUCUGAUCUUCCAAAUCUCGAUUUUUCAGACGUGAAUGAAUGCGAAAACACUGAAACGUGCACAAAAUGCAGUGAAAAAUGUGUGAACGAAAUAGGCUCAUAUCGUUGCGAAUGUCUGGAAGGAUAUAAACGAGACGAACAACAAAAUUGUAUAUUAGAUGUUGAAGGUGAGCUAGCUGAUUGUGAAUUCUCCAAAAACAACUUCCUGUUUCAACAAAUUGUUUUGUUUGAGAAUGAUUUGUCACACACGCAAACUACUAGAAAAAAUAUUAGAAAAUUGUGUGUGCGUGGAAAAAUUAUAGAUCAGUGCCACGCGUAAUUGAUGAGAUAAUUAAUUUACCCGUGACGCACUCACGAGUGAAAUCUGAAGGGAUUUGGUUAGGAUGAGCAGCGUGAGGUAAAUAGUGUGUAGCAGGGAAAAAAGAAAAUGAGAUAGACUAACUACAGAACUAACCCCACAUUUUUCCACGUUGAAUGCUGAAUGAGAUCGAAAAAUCAAUUUUUGGACCUUGGCCAAAUUCAUAAACUUAGUAUGAAAAAUUUUUUUGGAACACCAAAUUUCUCUGAAUUUUCGAACCCGAUCUCUAAAUUGCUAAUUUAAUUUCAUCCCUCUUAUCCCCCCCUCUCACACAUAUUUCCCGGCACAUCUCAAUAAUUCUACAGCUUCACCUGCUGAUAUGCUCAUCCGCCCUGCUCAAUUUCUCCGUUUUGUCGCAAUGUCAGCUCUCGUCUUCAUUAUCACAUUUGUUGUCUGGUAUCGCUCAACACUUCUUUAUGUUCUUUGCGCACUCGCAACUAUCGCCCUAAUUCUAGUCGAUCUUUAUAUUAACCCUAACACAAUUCCCGAUGAAGCUAAGCGUAUUUUAGGCCAUUAGAAUAGUGUGUUAAAACUUGCUCAACAUUUUACGAGUAUAAUUUAAUAAACUUGUUUGUUCACUCAUUUUUCUUGCAGCUCAAAAAAAACUCGAUGAAAUUAAUUCUCAAAUUGAAGAAGACGAAGAUGAAGCUGAGGAAAAAGACGAGUUAUAA